ACAAAUUACACCCCAGCGAGAAAACAUUAUGAUAGUUUUGCUUAUUCAAAGAACGUGCAAAGUGGACAGGUGUUAUAAACAGACCGAUUUUCGUCCAAAUUAAUUUUGGAUUUGAGCAGUUGGCUUCUCGAGCCACUUGUGUAUUAAAUUUGUUGCUACUAGUUCUAUUUGAUCUUUGGAUUAAUUAGCUAAGACGGCGCGUCGAAGGGAAUCAUGAAUAUUAGAUGACAUUUUCAACAAACACAGAUACAGUUCGCAACUUUUGUGACACUCUAGCAGGAAAGGUUUUGACGGACGCAUUGGUCAAUUUCAAGAACGAAUCAAAUAAUAAUAUUUUGUCAGGUAAGAAUGAAUGCAAAAAACAAAGGUGUAAUAUAUAGUAGGCAAAGCACAAGAGACUGAGAGAGGUUAAGAGUCCUUCGUUGACGGUAGAAAUUUGUAUAUUUAAAAUAGAAAUAGGGUAAAUUUUGGUCAAUUUACCAAGUUUUAACGUUUGAGUUUUGGUCGUUUAGACUGUGGCCUUCCUUGUGCCAUUUUGCGUCAUGCUCAACUAUUUGCGAGACCGUGGACAACCGUGGUAUAGGACAACAAGUAUCCAAAGGGAUAGAAAUUUAAACACUUUUGUUGUUUUUGUAUUGAGAUUUUGUGCAACAUUUUUUAAUAUCAAAUGCAUAACUAUUAUGUAAGUUUGGAACGUAAAUUGUUGACAAUGAUUUAGUUUUUUGUGAAAAUUUUUUAAUACUAUUGGGUUUAGUUUUGUCUUGUUGCUAAGCAACAGUGGCGUUGGUGUUACACAUGGAUGCAGUUGUAGUACAUGCAUGGAAAUGUUAUAUCUUGUUAGCACAUUAUUGACAUGUUGUGUAACAUUUAUGUAUUUCAUAUUGUGAGAAUUGUGAACUUGUUAUAAUCUUCUUAUUGAUGGCACCAAUUGCCUCACAACGAUUGGUAGCCUGACCGACCGAGAAUUAGAGAAUAACAUAAUCAAAACCUUCUGAUGCUUGUUGCAAACAUUGAAGAUCAACAUAAGCAUAUACAAUGUUUUUAUGUGGGAGCGAUUGACCCAAGCUGUUUAUGCAUUAUGCAAAUAACACUAAAUUAAACUUGUUAGAACUCUAAAUUGUCAAUCUACAAAAUAACCAAUUCAUAUUUCAGCCUAGGUUCCCUUAUUUCUGACUUGAGUAAUGACUCUUUUUCCCCCUUCUAACAGACAAAGUGAGAACAAUGAAUGGUAGAAUCCUAACAAACCAUGUUGACCAUCUUGAUAACUUCAAAAAACUGCAAGAAAAUGACUUGAUCACUUCUGAAAAUGCAAAAAAUUCAAGUAAGAACAUUACAACUACCUUAUCAAGUGAAAAAGAUAACAAAAAACUGGGAACAAUACAAGAAGAAGUACAAGACACCAACAACAGUGAUAGCAGUGGUGAUGAAGAUGUGUCGUCACUCACAAGUGAUACAGAUAGUGACAGCGACGCAAGUCUUAGCAAUAGCUCAGAGGAAGAAGUGGAGUUCUUUCCAACAAAAAAAUCUAGCAAGCAUAAUAAUAUUCAUAGUGAGCAACUUGGAGAAACUAUACAAUCACAAGAUAGUGGAUCACUCGAGGGCAAUUCCCAUGAUUCAGGGACUAACUCAAAACCUUCCACAUCAGGUGCUGUUGUUAAUGGUGAAAUUACAGAAACACAUACUGAACAAAAUAAUUCAAUUAUACAAACCCCAAACAAGCUACCAAGAAAGUUAAGCCCUUUAGGUAUUGAAAGCCAUAGAAACAGACAAAAUCAGAAAGAACAAGAUCAAGUAGAUGACAAUUUAAUGUCAAACUCUGGACUGCAAUUAAUGCCCAGCACCAACAACUAUGGUGAACUGUCAACCAGUGGAAGUUCUGAUGUUGUAAUACCAUCCGCACAAAAUCCUCCAGAUUUGAUAAAAGGGAAUUUGAACAGUUCUGGAACUGUUAGCGAUGACUCUGAUUUGAAGGACCAUGCUAGGAUCCUUGCUGAGCUACAGAAAAUUGUGCAAGAUGACGAGACGCAUGAUGGUGGACAUGGUAAUGAUGGUGGCCAGAGUAAAGAUGGUGCCAUAGAUGAGGGUGGAAGUACUGAAAGUGUAGUAAAAGAUUCUUCACAGAGUAAUGAGUUGAAGGGUAGGAAUGAUGGUGGUUCCAAUCAGGUGAAUACCAGUACUGGUGGUUAUGGUACACAGAAUGGUGAUCAUAAAACUGGUGGUGCCAAGACUAAUACUGAUGGUACCAAAAGUGGUUUCCAUAACAACAAACAUCAUGAUGGUAAAAGUACCACCAUAGCUGGAAAUGACCAUCAAAAUAAACUUGGUCAGGAUGGUACCAUAAAUGGUUAUGAAGAUGGUGCUAAGUUGCAAACCAGUACUCAUGGUAAUGGUAUGAGUCACCAUGGAAACAACUCUGAUAGCAAAAGUGGUGAUGGUAGUAUGUUACAGGGCAGAGGUGGUACCACAUCUAAGACUGACCAAGAAAAAUUUGACGAUGGUCAAUUUGAUGGUAGUUAUGUUGGUAGCAAAAAUGACACCACGCAAGGACCACGAACAAACAUGAAAAGCAAAGGCAUCAAAACUCGUGCGGAUACAUCGAACAGUAUACAUUCAACUCCAAAUUCAUCCAACACAAGUCUUCAAACACCAACCACCCAACCAACGAACUUUUCAAACCAAGACCACAGCCUUGAAAAUCUCGAAAGAAAACUCUCCAAUCUCCAGAUUUCAAACACCGAGCAAACUGCAGAAAUCCGACGUUUGAAAGCACUAAACCAAACACUAAAGGCGAAAUUUGAAAAGUUGGAACAGUCGUCAGGCUAUCAUCAAAACAUUGAAGAAAAAAUGUUGCAACGAAACCAAGAAUUGGAGAAGCAUUUACUGGGCAUGCUCAAGUCGCAAGAAAUUAUUUUUGAUAUGAAAGAAAAUUUGAAAGCAGCUUCGGCAGAUAAUGAGAAGUUGACGAAAGAUUAUAAAGAAGCGGUGAAGGCUUUGGAAGCCGUUGAUAAACUGGUAGGUGCGCCUAUAAUUAUUUUCGCGCCUCUUACCAUAAGAAGGUGCGAAUCAUGCAAGGCUACGAAACAUGCGAGUCAAACACAAAUGAAAGUUUGAAAAAAAUAAAAAGUAGGUCUAUAUAUUGCUGCCUUCAUGCUAUAAAGAUUUACGAAUCACGAGACUUCAUAAAAGACUUCAAAAUAUAUUCAUGAUAUUAUGCGCUGUGUAGUAGAUUAGAAAGGGAAUCCAUAGUAACUGAACCCAGUUUUAGACCGAAUUGGGGAAACGUAAUUGGGGAAACGUAAUUGGAGAAACGUAUUUUCGUUGUAACACGUUCGUCACUUCACAAUGCUUCGGAAAACAAACUAAACGCCUCCGAAAUUUUUGAAACAACUUUUUAGACUUUCAAAACAACUACAGUCAGGUAGCUUGUUGUAAAAAAAACUACCCCAAGCUGGACCCACGUUCUUUUUUUAACGUGUAUACCUCGACCUGUUUGAAAGUAAUGUCUGACAACAUGUGGCAUUUGCGUAUUUAGUUUGGUCAAAAAGAUGCUUUAGUGAAGAAAUGGAAAGAAGCCACAGAAGAAUCAAGACAGUUGGUGGAGUUGUUAAAAAAGCAUAAUGCAGGUACUGUAUGUCUUGCAGAUUAAUUACUUAACUGUUUCGGGUUCCGACAGACAAUUAGUCCAAUUAUACAUGCAAAUCCCAAGAAAUUUCUGACGAGAAACUUGUUCAAAUAUUUCCAGAGGUGGGAGAUUUGGAAACGGUGGACAAACUUAAAGAACAGAUAGUACAGCUGAAAGACAAAGUUUCGAAAGGAGAAGAAAGGAACAGAAGAGUUGACGUUAAGAAUGAAGAGUUGAACCAGCAAUCAAGAAUAUGGAAAGAGAAAUAUGAACGAGAAAAUGAACACGCAAUAAAACUGAAUUUUCAACUGCAGGAGGUUACGAAAGAAUUGAAGAAUCACCAGUAAGUUAUUGAUAAGUUGAAAUGUUUAUUUAUUUAUUCAUUUACAAGUUUUGGCACAAGUGGCAAGGUAGACCCAUAGAGGUUGAGUUCCAUUACGGGGUCCCUAAAAGUUGGUCUCUUUCUACUUGAUAUCCCCAGACAAGCUAGGACCACCGUUGAGGAAAUAUUUGAAAAUUCAAUGUUUCUCCAAAUGUUUCUCUGAGAGAAGAUUGUUUUCAGGAAACAAAUUUUUGCUGUCUUAAGGGAGAAAAUAUGUUUUUCAACAAACUCAGAACACAUUGUUGUUGGCUUUUACUCGCCUUUACUUUUGGGAAAUCUAACUAAGAAACGAAACAAUGUUUCUUAGUUUCUGGGGCUUACAGGAGUAACAUACUUUAUCUAUACAAAAUUCCCACCGUGAUCACAGAAACUUUGAGAGUGUAAACCAGAGCUUAAUGGACAGGAUCUCUGUUAAUUAGAUAAUAAAUUGAGUGCUAUUAUUAUGAAUUUAGGAAGUUGGCUGGAAAACGCGGAAGAAAGAAUCAAAUAUUACAGCUGGAGAUUACUGAACUAAAAGAUACUUUGAAGGUAAACGUUCGAGUAAUCAAUGUAGACGGCACCUAAACUCAAACAAUUAUUUGAUAUGGAUUAUAAUACAUUUGUGCUUUUUUUAUUUUAGCUUGCCAAAGAAAAACUUGCGGAAAAUGAACGAAGAUUGAAGGAACUGGAAAGAAAACAUGCUGAUACUCAAGAGGUAGUGCUGCCACAAUUAUUACCAAUUAUUACCAUUACAUCACCACUAUCAUCAUCACCAUCACAUCUAUCAUCACACCACCAUCAUCAACACCAUCACACCACUACCAUCAUUAUAUACCAUUAUCAUUACCAUCAUUUUAUACCAUUAUCAUCAUCAAGACAACGUCUUGAUUAUAGGCAUUACUGGUGAUUUUAAUCAUUUAAUGGUAUAUUUGCAUUGUUUUUAGAUGUAUACAAAGAUUAUCCACGAAAAGGAAAAACAACACAGUGUCUUAAUAAAGAACUCGGAAUCUUAUCAAAAGGUACAGAUCUAGCUCGCAAUAAUAUAUCAAGAUUUUUAGUCGUACUGUUUUAAUGAUAAUUUACGCGUACUUGAGCCCCAUAUAGUAUGCAGCACAUACUUUGGACUCGAGGUGUACUUUAACCGCAUAGAGUAUAACCAAAGUACAUGCAGUAAAAUGCAUUCAGUACGAAGCUGAAAAUAUGAGCUCGAACAAGGAGGAUAAUUACAUACAGUACACAAACGCAUGUGUCACUUGUCAUUUUCAAAUUUACAGGACCUCGUGUCGAAUAUAGAGAAUGCUGAAAACGUCAGGAAGGAGACGCAUUCUUUGAAAGAAAGUAUCGUUGCUCUCGAGAAAGAGAAGAUAGAGGUCGCAGAGAAACUGAAAAAUAAUGAAAAAUCUUUGGAGGAAACCUUAAACAAGAAAGCGGUGAGAAUACUUUAAAUAAAACUGAUUAUCAGCAACUUGAGAAAAGCAUGAAAAGCCUUUUUUAUUCAAUAAAACUUUAUUUAACGACGCUAGCCCAAUCAGCAAAAGCUGGUUUCAAUGGGGGGAGGGAGCGUCCAGACUGUACAUAUAUAAAAACAUUGACAAAUGUACAAAACACAUAACCACAGUAACAAACAAAUAAUUAUUAAGGUAAAUACAAGGUUGACGCAAUGGACCAUUUGCAUUAUAGACUAAAUUUUUAUCUAGACAAAAAUUUCAUCACAGCUUGAAAGAGCAUCACAAAAUUAGUAAUAUUCCAAAGUUUCGUUGCGAAACCUUGUAAAAUGCGGAUAAUAUAGCCUUGCGAAGUUUGCCGUUUUUCAGUCAUUUGGUAUUACGCAUGGGAAAUUGACAACCCAAUCGGGUGUGGGGGCAUCAAUUUCCCGUUUGUAAUACAAAAUGACUGAAAAUUGCAAAUUUCGCAAGGCUAUAUUAUCCGCAUUUUACAACAUUUCGCAACGAAACUUUAGAAUAUUACUAAUUUUGUGAUGCUCUUUCAAGCUGUGAUGAAAUUUUUGUCUAGAUCAAAAUUUAGUCUAUAAUGCAAAUGGUCCAUUAAUCUGGACAGUUUAUUGACUUUAACAUUUUUGAAGGCAGAAAUCGAUACAGAUCCGGAAGUUCAUUCCGUUACUUCGACCCGCUGUAUUUGAACUUUUCUUGAGAAAUUUAUUAUUUCUGAGAUUAUAUGCUGUUUGAUAUUGCUUCUCGAAAUAAACAUUUGUUUCAAAUUGGUAUGGUUAUUAAGGAUUUUAUAAAGAAAUCACGGUUCACCGUCAAUCACUAAGCCCACUUUUCAUUUUGCAGGAACUAAGCGAACAACUCGCCACACUUCAGUCUGAUUUCGAAGCGUCGAAAGUAGAAGCAGUUGAUAACGAGUUAUACGCAGAGGAACAGACAGUGAGACUACAAGAGUUGGAGAACCAAUGUAGACAACUUCAACAUGUCUUGAAACAAUAUAUACAUAGUAAUGGCAGCCCGAGAAAUCGAAGACCAAGGUAAUAAUUAUAUAUUUAUUUCAUAUUUUAUACACAAUAACCAAUCAUAUUGCUUUAUUUUGGUCACAUGAGAAAAAAAUAUUGUUGGUAUGCUUUGAUCUAGUCCUAUAGGUGGGUUUCACUCAAGCCUUAUACAUAGGGAAACGCUUGGCGGUCAACUUUACACAUAUUGCCGCUUUAUGACUUGUGGAAGCCAGUGAAUUUCGUUAAAUUGCUUAUAUUUGACACCAAACACAAGAUCAAUACUUAUAAUGAAUAUUUAACUCGAUCCGAUCAAUGUGUUUCCAUUGGGAGUUGACCACCAAGCGUUAGACCUAUCACGUGACUGAAGUCCUGGAUAAAGUAUCGAUUCACUAAAGAAUAAGUUCUAAUCAAAUUCUAUGGGGAUUGAUCUCUAAAUUGUUCUCACCAAAAACCGGCUGGUAUAUUUUUCGAAAGCCAGUUAGCUGAACCCUAGGUUAACCUAAAAUUCAAAGCAAGAUAAUAUUUCUUCAAACUUUUUGUGUGGAUCAAUAUAGGAGUGUUCUUUUCUGAAGUUUUGAGAUAAACGUGCAGAAAUACACAAACUAAAACAGUGAGUUAAGUUGUGAACAAGCUUUCGUUGGUAGGGAUGUAACUACCUGAAAAUAUAUAAGGAGCGAAGGCCCUUCGUCUGGAGUUACUAGCGGAGUAACGGAAGUCGGGAAAAUUACAUGAGCUUUUAUACUAAGAUUGGCACUACCUAGCCUGCUCACAGACGUUGUAGUUCUUACGCCAAGCGACGAAAUACUAUUAGGCACUACCUACACUGGCAAAAAAGUUACAUUUUGACCUAGGGUUAACACUAAUGGUGCUUUGAAUAACUGGCCUUAACUUAUCUUUUUUCUACUGAAUAGCUGUGGUUGUUUUCGCAGCCUACUAGAGGUGAAAGGCAUUUGUCUCCAGUACCCCACAAUCAUUUUAAAACGGUCGAAGAAAGUGCUUCCAACUCUCACUUGCAUGUCUUUUCUCCACCCCACAGCACCGCUCCCAAUCGAUACAGUUACGGCAAGAAAUUACGACCUUCUCAGACCUGGCCAAGUCAGCUGGACAUGUAUAGACAAUUAUUAUCACCACCAAGAGGUGCGCCACGAAGAAGAAAACCGUCAGCAAAGAGGGAGGCGAGAUAUAAAGUUCAAAUAAUGGACAAGAAUAAUGACUCAGAGGUAGAGUUCUUUGCCAAAUAUUUAAUGGGGAAAAUGUGAUCCUUUCUCGCUUGUACAGACCUUCGCCUGUAUUGUGCUCACUCACACUCAAAGAGGAAAAAAUAGUCAAAGAGUAUUUUUUCCUCAUUCACACUCAAAGAGGAAAUUAUAACAAAAACAUGUUUCUUUGUCUGUUUAACUGCAGGACACCUUCGAUGAUGUGACUCAAAAAUUCGAUGAAUCCAGCAAACGCAUCGCAUUUCAUCCCAAUCGCCCAAAGUCUACAUACGGGAAUAGAUCUCUGUCGACUAAUAACAACGAAGAUGGCGACCGCGAGCAUAGUGGAAAAGACUGGGUACCAAAGAUAGUAUUAGUUGACAGUCAAAAAUUGGAAGCAAGUUCUGAGCAUGAUAGUGGUAGUGUGAGCGCUGACCAGUAUGCAAUGCAGUAUGUGAAACUUGGGGAUAGAGUGUUGUUUGAACUUGCCGUAGACGGUAAGUGUGAGAAUUUGGGCAGCAAAAUAUUUGUUGGGGGCAAACUUGUAAUACAUGUAUUAAAUUACAAAGAGUAGGACAAUGAAGAACAAAAUUGUCACUGGCAAAUAGCCAAUGUACUUUCUCACAUAUGUAAUGCACUCAAUGUGACACAGUUGCAUGUUGAUUUUUAUCUAGGUAAGAAACAAAAUAUUCCAGGCAGCGUCAAGUAUGUUGGUCCUGUAUAUCACUCGAAUUUCAAGUCAGGAAUCUAUGCUGGGUUGAAGUUAGAUAUCCCAGGUAAAAUGAGUGGCUAUACGAAUUGUUGAUACCUUUCUACAUAUGAAACAGAUAAAUGUUACCACGACGAACUAACAAUGUAUACUCUAAUGCUAUAUAAUAAUUAAUUUACUCCGUCUAACCCCAGAGGAUUUUCUCAUCGAGGCCAAGGGGGGUUUGGGCAUUAAUGGGUUAAUCAGACUCUCUGACCAUGUCUUUUGUAUAUAACCCAUUCAGCUACAACACGACCUAACUCUGUUAAUUUACUCCAUCCAACGCCCAGACAAAAAAGUUCUAACCGUUCGUCUUUCCCUUUUUUAGCUGGAGAUACAAAUGGCACCAUCGGUGACAGACUGUAUUUUCGCUGUUUGAAAAAUCACGGGAAAUUUAUAAAAGUAUCGCAUAUUCUCGCCGUUCAAAACCCUCGGGUAAGAUAAACUUUCCUUCCAUGAAUACCGUAGAACGAUAAUUUUAAAUUCUAAAACAUUUUAUUCUACUUUGCAGACCCAACAGUACACAAGAGUUCUUCCAAUGGCGUAUAAAUAAGGAUCAACGUAUAAUCAUUUAUCAUUGUCAUCUUAAAAUCGUUGAUGUCUUCAUUAGUUAGUGUGUUUCUUCACUGAAAGUCUUUUCUACUUAAAUUAUAUUUUCUUAUGCAUGUUUGAAUAUAUUUUUGUAUUAUCCAUUUCUAUACUCGAACUUAGUUUAUAUAUUGUUUAUGUUAUAAU